UGGUUGCUGUAGUUUCUGAGAAUGAAGGAAGACGACGCUUGGUGAACCAGGAGAGAGCUGUUUGUUUGAAGUUUAUUUUCAGCAUUAAAGGAUCUAUUACGUCUGAUACCGACAAUUUAACUUUGGGAUAUUACAACCUCCGUUUUGUUGUUGCGAUUGUUGGCUCCCGAGUCGGCGUUGUGUUAUAAAAAGAAGAUUACAUGUUUUAUGUUAUUUGAUCGAGUUUGCUCAGUGCGGGGUAAUGAGGGACCGCUUGGCGGAUCUGACAGGCUGUAGCAAGAGUGAAGAUGAAGAAGCCACUGUCACUAUUGAGAAAGACCAGUCCCUGGAUGGAUUCUUUCAAAAUGUUGAAGAAGUUCGAGGCCUUAUUGAUAAAAUUGCAACUCAUGUAGAGGAAGUAAAAAAGAAACACAGUAUCAUCCUGUCUGCCCCGAAUCCUGAGGAAAAAACACAGGAAGAACUUGAGCAGCUUAAUAAUGAAAUCAAGAAAAAAGCCAACAAAAUUCAGGCAAAGUUAAAGUCAAUGGAACAAAACUUUUCCCAGGAACAAAACCUACAUUCAGUGCGCCACCGUAUGCAGGACACGCAGCACUCGGUGCUAUCUCUGAAGUUUGGGGAAGUCAUGACGAAAUACAAUGAAACUCAAAUAUCAUUUCGGGAAAAAAGUAAAGGAAGAAUACAAAGGCAGCUGGAGAUAACUGGUAAAGUGACCACAGAUGAUGAACUGGAAGACAUGCUAGAAAGUGGCAACCCUUCAAUUUUUACUUCUGAUAUCAUUUCAGAUUCCCAAAUCACUCGGCAGGCAUUGAAUGAGAUUGAAUCCCGACACAAAGACAUCAUCAAACUGGAAUCGAGCAUUAAGGAGCUGCAUGAGAUGUUUGUGGACAUGGCCAUGCUCGUGGAAUCUCAGGGGGAAACGAUAAAUAACAUAGAGAAACACGUGACAAAUGCAGCUGACUAUGUAGGACAUGCCAAAGAAGAAACAAAGAAAGCCUUGAAAUACCAGAGUAAAGCCAGAAGGAAAAUGUUUCUGCUGUCUAUUUGUGUGGUUGUUAGUCUCAUCAUUUUGGCUAUUAUCAUCGCGGUGUCUCUGUCAUAGUACCUGUCUACUGCAGACACAAGAGUCUGCACCAUCUCAAACUGGAGGAGGACAACUGAGCACCUCUGAACAUUUCAAAGAUUUCUAAAUAACACUAAUUCUAAUCUAUGGUGGGGAAAUGAGCUUUCAGACAGUUUUAAUCAAGACAUGGUUUAUAAGAUGCACAUUCUUUUCUGUUACACAGUUACAAGUUUCAAUGCCAUUUGGACUUGUGUCCACAUUUAGUAAUCUAGCCCAUGUUCUGAGAUGCAGCACAACUGUUUAUCUCCACCACAGAUAUUUAUUGCUUGCACUCCGCAAACAUAAGGUUUGGGAAAAGAAUAGUAUUUGCUGUUUGUUUUUGUACUAUUCAUGUAAACUCUUCACUUCAAAAUGUAAGUGUUAAGUAAAUGUACAACCUUUAUUUCUGUUUGUAAAUUAGACCCUAAGUUAGCAGCUUGGGUAGUGAUCAUCAGAUAUUACAGAACGGGACUGAGAAAUGUGUGGGUUUGAAAGGAUAGCAACUAUACUAUUAAGGUAGUCCAAGAUUAGUGCUAAUUGGCACCUGUGAAACAGUUGUAAGAGUCUUAACAAAUGCACUUUCCAGUGUUAGAAUUGGCAGGGAAGGUGUGUGUUGACAGACCUCUAAUGGACCAGGUCAAGUGUAUAUCUUUUUUAAUGAAGAUAUGUAUCUAAAGAAGAGACCAAAUACUUCCCAAGACCUCAUUAUUUUCAGUAGCAUUACAUUUGUGCUGCUCUGUGUAUUUGAUUGUAUGAUAGUUUCACUGUAGUCAGAUAUUCUUUUUUGUUUGUUUUAUUCAAAAUAUACUGGAUUUGUGUUCCUGCCAAGUGCUUUACAUGAAAGAAAGCUGUCAGAAAGCAAACCCACACAUGCCUUCAUGUUUUAUAUAAAGGUUAAGUGUGUCAUAAAAGUUGAACAGCUUCACUUUCUAUUUGAAUGGAAUUUGAUACAGAUAUCAAAUACGUUUGUUAUGAUAGUAUAUAAAUAAACCUGAACUUUUGUAAUGGUUUUUACAAUUAUUUAUAAGUAUGCUAUUCAAACAAUUUAGAAUGUAACUAGUAUGUGCUUUGCAGUCACCACAAAAGCAGCAAGCUGGAGACUGUCUUGUGUGCAGUCUUAAAGUUCAUUCUACACCUGAAACUUUAUAUAGUUGGUUAUUUGACCCUACAUUAGAUGAAGUUACCGUUCUGUACAUGUCUUGGUGAAUCUGGCUGCUCUGACAAUUCUAUCGUGAUACAUACUGUACAUACACCAGGUGUUGGGGCAGCAUGCUGGUUGGAGAGUACUGUAGUGUACUGCAUGCACUGUUGAAUUGCCACAACAGCACAAAUAUAGACAUGCUUCAGUCUUCGUACAUGCAACUUGGGAGGUAUGAUGAGAUGAUAAGGUACAAUUACAAUGUAUUUUUGAUACCAGAAAUACAACAAGAACAGUACCACACAUAUUCUGAAUAUGAUAUUGGUGUAGCUAGCUUUUGUCUUCAUUUUAUGUUUUUUUUUUCUUUUUGAUUUUACAGUUUUCCAUAGAUUUCUAUUUAUAUUGGAAAGUUAGGUGUCCGUUUCAAGUAACCCAUUCAACUUAAAACAUGCGUUUAUUAAAUUGAAUGCCAUUAUUUCUUAAAUUAUCAUGUCCAUUUUUUAAGCUAUAAAGUUUUUUUUUUUUUCUAUAAUAACUUGGGAGGCAUGAUCAUAUAUACCAGAUUGACACUGUAUUGAAACCUUGUUUAUUUCUUGAAAGAAGUACAAUAAUGUACAGUCAUGAGAGAACUGGAGUGCUGUAUAUACUGGUUUUGAAUGUUAAAAAAC